GGUUUCCCACCGAAAUAACUUCAAAUCUCCCUCCAAAACUCAUCAAAAUUUGCAUAUUACAUCAAUCCAAUCUAAAACAACCAAAUAAACACGCGUAAUCACCAUUCAGUAAGCGGACACACUGAAUCAAUCAACGAUGUCAACACACGGUGACGAUCUUGAUCUUCUUCUCUCCCUGCAAGAUAGGGUUCUAGAAACCCCGCCUUCAUCUCCUUCACCCGGGUAUCUAUCAGAUGAUGGGUCAGGCAGGCAGAGGGGACAAGCAGACAUGUCUGUCUUUAGAACUGCUGUUGAGGAUUGCUUAGAUUAUGAGCCCGAAUCUUGUAAGAAAAAUCUCAAAUCUAACCGUGUCAAGACCUCGAGUGACGUUGACGUUGAGAAAUUCUCGGGUUUGAGAAUCAAGAACCAGCUGGUCUCUAAGAUGGAAUUGAGUGAUCGAUUUGAAGAUAUUCGAUUUGUUCGCUUAACAGCAAUAAAGAAUCUUUUAUCUGGGGAUACUCUUUCUGGUUGUUGGGCAACGGCCGGAGUUUUAUGUAGUACGGGUGAAAAGAGAACUAGUUCUACAGGGAAGCCCUACACUAUAUGGGAAAUCAGUUGUUUAAACGAAAAAACCGUUUCUGUUUUCUUGUUUGGAAAUGCCUAUCAAAAGAACUGCAAAGAAGAAGCUGGAACCGUAUUUGCUCUAUUCAAUUGUGGUGUUCGUAAAAACCCAAAAUCGAAAGAAGGAUUUACUUUGACAGUUUUUAAUGCUCCACAACUGUUGAAAAUGGGAACUUCUGCGGAUUUCGGACAAUGCAAAUCUUGCACACAAAUUAUUAACAAGCGUAACGGAAUAUAUUGCCAGUAUCAUAAAAAGAAUGCUUCACAAAAAUAUUCAACUAAAAGAGUAGAGUUCAUGGGAGGGAAUUUAAAGACCGCCUUCAACUUCAAAGAGAAAAUGCAAUCGGAAGGCAUUUACAUGGUUGAAAACCAGACAAAUGUAUCUAAGCCUGGGCAGCCAAAGAAAGUUUUGUCCGUUGAGGGAUUACGAAAGGCGUUAAGUAACGCAGGAAAAGUGACGACAAAUGAAUACUCACAAGGAAUAAGAUUUCUCACUGAAGUUGCAGGAAAACCAAGUUCAACUGUAAACCAACCAAAUAAGAGCUCAGAUAAAAGGAAAACGCCGAUUGGGGGGUCAAACCCGCCUGAGGUCAAAACAAGUCAACAACUAAAUGCAAAGAGAAUAAAGAUUGAAAAAGGUCAAACAUCUGCAGUGAAAGUCAAAGAAGGUGCACAAAAGAUGGUUGAGUUAGAAAUUCUUAGUUCAGAUGAUGAGUUAACUUUUCUUUGAGGUUCCUAUGUGUUGACUUUUUUCUCUACUGAAAUUUUGUGUAAAUUGUAAGAUACCCACUUUAUUUUUAUCUACAAUUCGCCGGCUUACAUGAAGUUUUAGAACCAUUGGAUGUCAAUAA